AUGCAGUGCACGACGUUGCCCACGCACGAUGAAUAUUCAUAUUGUUGGCGUUUUCACCGCCCGCCCCUCCCCUGUCCUGUCUCCCUCGCGCCAUCCCCGCUACAUGCAACGUAACGGCGCGACGCUAUGAAGGCAUCCCGGAAGACAGUGCCCCUUUUACAGGUGUUGUCCCAAACACAAACACUACAUACCGUUUCGUUUCUUCUACUAUCUGUGUCGCUCUCUGCCGCUGACUCAAUGGCACACAAAACCCAGCUUCCCAGCAAAGACAGAGCAAUGAAAGGAAGAGAGGAGAAAAUGGAUGUGGCAGACAAGCAUGCAGUCAAUGGGAAUCCCACUCUGGAGCCUUUUCCAGACGGCAUGGAGACCAUCAUGUUUGGUAUGGGCUGUUUCUGGGGAGUGGAGAAACUUUUCUGGAAGCUUCCAGGAGUCUUCUCCACACAGGUGGGCUACGCUGGAGGCUUCACACCAAACCCCUUUUAUGAAGAGGUCUGCACAGGUCUGACUGGUCACACCGAGGUGGUGAGGGUGGUCUACUCCCCAAAUGACAUCAGCUUCGAGGAGCUGCUCAAAGCCUUCUGGGAGAAUCACGAUCCUACACAAGGUAUGAGGCAGCACGCUGACCAGGGUACUCAGUAUCGUUCUGCCAUUUACACAUCCAACGCCGCUCAGCAGGAGCUUGCAUUGAAGAGUAAAGAGGCCUUCCAGCAGGAGCUGACUAACAAAGGCUACGGACCCAUCACUACAGAGAUCCUGGAGGGGCAGCAUUUUUACUACGCCGAGGACUAUCACCAGCAAUACCUCAAGAAGAAUCCUAAAGGCUACUGUGGUCUUAAAGGCACUGGCAUCUCUUGUCCCAGGAUUGCCGCAAAGGAUGAGCUGUGAGGGAUGUGUUCUGCGAGAGACGGAAAGAGAAUUUGUAACCCUCCAAAAUCAUUCAAACUUGACUCCCUAUAGCAAUUUAGGACAAAAAUGUCAACUGUGAAACAUAUUAAUUGAACAUUUUUUAAUUAAUUUUGGAUCACAUUUAGUAAAUAAGUUCUUUUCAUCAACUUCAGUCCUGACUUAAACGACCAAAUAUUUGAAUAUUUGGGGGGAUUUUAACCUUUUAAAUGCUAGUUUGACUUCAAGAAUUCAUGUUUGUUUUUUUAUGGAAAAAUCACCAAAAAGACAAAUGUCAGAUGGCUGUUUUUUUUUUUUUUUUAAGCAAAGUCCUGGAUAUUAAUAAAUAAUACCUACUAUAUUUCAAAAGACUGGCAACAAAACUAGUUUUGAUUCAUUAUUGUUUUUGUGUAGUGUCUCAAAUUUUGCUCCCUAAUAAACCAUCCAUAGACAAAACUGUACACUUCCAAAAACUGCUAUAAAAUAAUACAGAUCAUUAUUUUUCAGUUUUUUUCAGCUUAAAUCUUUGAUUUAACUUCAGUUAUGAUCAAAACUACCAAAUACUUUCAGUAUUGAAACCCUUUAAAUGCCAGUUUGAAUAAUGGGUUUCACUGUUUUAAAUGAAAAUUACACAAAAAAAAAUUGUUACGAGUAAUACACAUAUUUGCAGAAAAUGAGUUAUUUUAAGUAUAAUAUGUGAUAGGGUGCUGGGUUCUUUUUUCUAAUCAUAGUCUUAAAUGUGCCAAAGAGUAGCUUCAAAACUGAUUUUGGUGCAUGGGGAUUUUUUUUUUUUUGCAAUGUCCCAUUUAAAACUUUAGUCCCUAAUAAGCCGUUCAUGGAUGAAUAUGUCCCCUUUACUCCAAUUACAACUGUUUGUCUUUUUUCAAUCUCUCUGCCAUCACAGAACAAAACCGUGCAUUCUUUAAUGUCAGUUAUUCCUGUAGAAGAAAAAAGUGAAACAUGUCAUUUUUAGUGUCUACAACUAGAUGGUGCUGUUUUUCUACUAUAAGCCUAUGCAUGGAAUUCAGUGGUAAAACUCCUAUGAAAUAUACCAUAGUAAUGCUAUUUAAAUUUCACUGGAAAAAAAAAUUAUGUUGUAAUUUAGCAUCAGCAUUCUGGGACAAUUUUGUGAAUUUUACAGAGCAAACUAAAUGGACUUAAAAAUUUGCAAUCCCAAAAUUUAUCAAGAGAGCAACCUCCCUAAAAAAUAUUGUGCUAUUUUGCAGCAACACAGGCAAAAUUAUUACUAAAAAAAAAGUGAAAAAUUUACAUUUUGGGCCAAAAAUGUCCAGAGUGAUCCCAAAGGGUUAUUGACUUGGCUCUGCUUAAAUAGCAUCAGUCAGAUUACAAAUGCAGUGGAUUCAGAAAGUAUUCAGACUCCCUUCACUUUUUUCAUUUUUUUGUGUUGCAGUUUGAUCCUGCAAUCAUUUAAGUUCAUUUUCAGUCUCAUGAAUCUAAACCCAGUGCCCCAUCAUAACAAAGUGAAACAGAAUGUUAGAUUCUCUUGCAAAUUUACAAAAUGAAAAAAAAAAUCACAUUGACAUAAGUAUUCAGACCCUUUGUAACAACAGUUGAAAUUUAGUUGUCCUCAUGGAACUUGGUCCCAUUUCACCACAUGAUCUCUGGAGCUCAUUCAGUGGCCAUCAGGUUCUUGGUCAUCUCUCUAAGGCCCUUCUUCCCUGAUUGCUCAGUUUAGCCAGCGACCAGCUCUUGGAAGAGUUCUGGUUGUACCAAACUUCUUCCAAUGGAGAAUUUUUGAGGCCACUGUGCUUUUGGGAGCCUUCAGUGCAGCAGAAAUGUUUUUGUAGCCUUCCUCAGAUCUGUGCCUUGCAAUGAUCUGAGCUGUGCAGGCAGUUCCUUUGACCUCAUUGGUUUUGCUCUAUUAUGCAUUGUCAGCUGUAAGGCCUUCUAUAGAGAGGUGCAUGCCUCUCCAAAUCAUGUCUUAUCAAUUUAAUUUAGCACAGGUGAACUCCAGUCCAGGUAAAGAAACAUCUCAGCAAAGAUCCAAAAAAAUAGGUGGAACCUGAGUUCCAUUUCAAGUGUUGCUGUAAAAUUUCUAGAACGCUGUUUUCACUGUCAUUAUGAAUGUAGAUUAAUGAGAAUGAAGAUGAUUUUUUUUUUUUCAACUGUGGCGUCAGACUGCAACAUAACAACAUCCGCAUGAAUGACGCUUUUGUUGUUUAUCAUCAUGUAAUUUACUGUUUUUUAAGUGGGAUAACAGAAUUCAUAGAAAUCUGCUCAUGUCAGAGCAGUGCAAAGAAUUGCGUUUUGGACUGCAGAGACAUAUGACUGCCACAAGAGGGUGAUGUUUCUUCACAUAAAGCAGUCCAAGCAGACUGUUGACGUUCAGCCCUUUUGGUGAGAGUUUCUAUAAUGCCUCAACAUGCUAUCAGUAUUUUUACAUCCUUUUGAAACCUAAUAUUUGGCACAACUUGACUGGGGUGGAUUUUUCUUAAAUGCAGAAUAUUUUUAUGAUCAGUAGCUCGGGGAAGAGCAAAUGUACCAGUUUGAAUCUAUGCAAACUUUAAUUUAGUGGGGAUAAAGGGUGA